AUGGCCCCUCAACAGCAAGCGAUUCUUUCGAUUUUAACUGCGCUAAUUUCGAGCAUUAUAGCGUUUAUCCAAUUGAAUAUUACCGUCGUAAAUUAUCAGGAAAGCUAUGAAAGAGAGCGUGCGGCACUGAUACGGCUGCUUUCAAUACCAGUAGCCAGAAAUGUGUCGUUAAAACGAUUAAAUAAAAUACGCCAAGCACGACCUCGAAGAUUUUGGGUUAGACCCGGACGCACAAGCGCUUGGUGGGAAAGUUUUUUGAAUGAAAUAGUUAUUCCUGAAGAGUGGAGGGAAAAUUUUCGUAUGGGUCGAGUCUCUUUGUACAGGUUAGCCGAAGAGUUAAGACCCUUCAUUCAAGGCAAGGACACCGUGAUGAGAACAUCAAUCGACCCUGUAAAACAAGUGGCAAUAACUUUAUACUAUUUGAGUGACGAAGGUCGUUUACGGAAAACGGCAAAUGCGUUUGGAAUUUCAAGGCAGACCGUUUCAAAGAUCGUAAGAAAAGUCUGCAAGGCAAUAACGGUUAAUCUGGGCCCAAAGUACAUUAAACUGCCGUUUACAGAAGAAGAGGUGAACGAUCUCGUAAAAAAUUUCACAGAGUGCAUGGAUUUCCUCAAUGUUUGGGAGCCAUUGACGGAACUCACAUUUUAA